ACGUGGAUGAAAUUGAGGAGAACAUAGUAGAAGAGGACCAUAUGAAAAGUGUCGACGAUGUGUUGGAUGCGAUUUGUCAAAGAGUUGAUGUGGAGAAGCAGUUCAGCAUCCUUAUUUCAAGAACAAACAUUCUGGAGAGAGGCCUUCUGCAGUGGCAACGUCAAAAAAAAAAUUCACCCACUGCCAUGUUGAAGGUGUCCUUCUUUGGGGAAGCAGGAAUCGACACUGGUGCCCUUCGAAAAGAAUUUCUCACAGGUGAACUUAAAGAGAUCAAUUACUUUUCCAUUCGUAUUAUUUAUGUUGAAGAAAUGACUAAUCCCUAAAUUUUAUACUUCUGUAAUAUACAUUUUAUCUUCUAAGUGAACUCUGCUCCAGUUGUGUUGUAAAUAUGAUUAUAUUUCUCCUUUACUAAACUAUACAUCAAUCAUGUUUAUAAUUUGGGAUGGACUGAUAUGAAAGUUCUUGGCCAAAACCAAAAAUGAGAAAACCAAGGUCGAAAACCAAAACACCGGUAACACAAGGAAAAUAGUCUUUUUUUUUAACCAUAGCAUGGCUGUGAUGUGACUAUGUUGUGUUAUGAGCUUACUGGUUUGGUGUUGAUAAAAGGUGUCAAUAUUAUUGUCUCAAGUACACCUUUCUGUAUACUAUGAUUUAUUUUUUGAAUCAUCCAUCCAUCCAUCCAUUUUCUUGGCCGCUUAUCCCUUGUGGGGUCGCGGGGAGUGCUGGUGCCUAUCUCCAGCGGUCACAGGGCGAGAGGCGGGGUACAACCUGGAUGGGUCGCCAGUCCAUCGCAGGGCAUCUUUUUUGAAUCAGUAUUUUCAUUUUGAAUGGAAUUUUUACAUAUCUGGAACAGAUGUAUGAUGUUGCUUCAGUACAUCUGUCAUGUUAAGCCUUCAAAAUCAGUGAGACACAUUAUGAUAUAUAUAUCAGUAUUGCCUCAAAUGAAAAAAAUACUGUGAUAUGAAAAAAAUCUUAUUUCACCCAGCUCUAAAUGAAUGUUUUACAUCGGAUAAUUCAUAACUUUCUUCUCUCAAUGGAAAUGGUCGCCGGAAUCGAGACUCGUUUCUUUGAAGGACCACCACACCAAAAAAGUCCACGCUAUUCCCUUACUGACUUUGACAGUGGACUCUUCAGGACUGUUGGUGAGAUUCUGGCCGUCAGUUUGGCACAAGGAGGUCCUGCCCCUACAUUUUUCAGCCAGUGGGCUUACAGUUACCUCUGCAACGGGCAGAUCAACCCAACACAGCUGGAUAAAAAUACAGUGGCAGAUUCACAGUUGCGGUUACUGAUUGACCAGGUGGAAUCUUCAACUGAGCAGUCACUUCAGGGCCUUACUGAUGAGAUUUUAAACUGUGGAUUCACUGGAGCCAUCUCGGUUCAAAACAAGGAACCGAUUGUCCGAGCCAUUACACUCCAUGCUGUGCUUAGAUUGCAGCCAAUGUUGGAACAACUCAAGGAGGGUUUGCAGCUGUAUGGCCUCCACCUGCUGAUUAAGCAAUACCCAGAAAUCUGCCAGCCUCUCUUCGUCCUUGGGGGAGAUGUGAAAGUUAAUGCCGAGUUUGUCAUGGCGUCCAUUCACCCUCAGCUGAGUGAGAAGGGAACCUCCAAGCAUCAGGUUGAGCUGGACCUGGUUAACUUCAUUCAGGACUUGCUUUAUGAGUCAGAAGAAGGUCAAGAACAUGUAGCUGACGAAGAUGGCCCAAGAUCUAUCACACCUGCCAGGUUUCUGCAAUGGUCAAGGCCAUGUUCCUCUCCUCCCCUCAGAAAAGAAGGACUUUGCUGUGGUGGUAAAAUUUAA